AUGGACGAACUCGAGAUAUCGCCGAUUGCAGACGACUGGCGAAACCCCCCUGUCGAUGAAGACGACCCGCAGAGCCGACCGCGGAAGAGAAGGCGGAAAUACAUAGCCAAAGCAUGCAAUGAGUGCAAACGACGCAAGAUCAAGUGUAAUGGAGAAACGCCGUGUCAGCGAUGUGGUCGUCAACGAGUUGGAUGUGUUUACGCGGAGAAUGCCCGGUCGGAGAGUGGCAUGGGUGAUCAGCAGAAUUUCGAGCGAUUAUUCGAACAAAUGGGCGCGAUGCAGGAGCAGAUCACCAUGUUGACGGCUACCGUGCAUGCUUUGACCAACAGCGGCGUGACGGGGCCAGCAGCGACACGAUCCGAAGCGACAACGCAGUCUUUGACCACGCAGCGCCCCUUUCGCCGACUAUCCUCCGCUCGAGAAUUGACCUUCCAAGGCCCGACCACCUCGGCGUUUAGUUUCGAUUUGGCCAAGACGAGUUUACAAAGACGCGGGAUUGUUGAACGCAAUGAAAUUGGCGAGGAGGAUGGGGAUAUGACGCAGGAACCGUCGCCGGUGCCUUCGCCUUCAUCGCCGGACCAGGAGUUGGAACCUCGAACGGGUGAUCCGUUGUGGACGAUUCAGAAGACGGAAGCGGUUCGACUGUGUCGGGUUUAUGAGGAGGAGAUGGGGGUCAUGUAUCCCGUGUUGGAUUUACAGGAGUUAUUGCGCCAGGUGGAUAUUCUCUACGGGCCUAUGGAUACGGUUUCGUGGUCUCCAUUGCAGGGGAAUGUCGAUGGAUUGGAGAGUGGCGAUGUCGAUAUUCUGCGAUUGGUGUUUGCAUGCGCGUUGACUGCGGAGGGCAGCGGAAGUAGUGAGCUGGCUAUGAGAUUGUUUGGGAGUGUGCGAGAGGUGGCUGAUAAUUGUGUCUGGGGACCGCCGGAGAUUAAAAGCAUCAUCUUUCUGACAUUGAUCUCUAUCUUUUACUUCCAGAUGGACGAAGAAACAUUGGCGUGGCGGACGAUUGGGACCGUUGAGCGCAUGUGUCUUGAAAAGGGGUUGCAUCGUCGCGAAACACUGACCCAGCCGGCUAUCAUGGAGGCGGGGAGGGAAAGAGUGCUGCGACUAUUCUGGUCUAUAUACAUACUCAACAUCAGGUGGUCGUUUGGGACGGGGAUGCCGUUCUCCCUCGAAGACACCGACAUUGAUCCGUGGUUGCCCGAGCCGGAGGAGAAAACGCCGUAUUUGCAAGUGAUGAUUCGCUACAGUCGGAUUGCGGCCAAAGUGUGGAAGUUCAUAUCGGCAUUCAACAACAGCAAUGAGAUUAAGAAGGAUGAGAUGAACUACCUGGAUUGGCAAGUUUUGCGAUGGGCGAAUGGAAUGCCGAGAUCUCUGCAACUUGACGAUCUAGGCGCGGAGCAGUCGAAAGAUACUCGUAGCAUUCGUCGGCUACGAUCCUUGUUGUACCUGCGAGGAAAUCAGUUGCGGAUGUUGAUUCACCGACCUGUUCUACAUACAGCCUCUCAUAUCAUGCGAUACAUCUCCGAGUCGGAAACCGUGGUCGAGAUCGCCAAGGACACGAUUCGGUUUAUCGCACAUUUGAAUGAUACGUCGGAUAUCUACAAGCUGCAGCAAGUCACAUUUAACUGGUUUCUUGUCUCUGCUCUUGCAGUGCUCUUUUUGGCCGUCGCACAAGCCCCCGGGCAGUUCAGCCAUCGCUGCAAGGAGGAAUUUGUAAUGGCACUUGAACUCGUCAAAGGCUUCUCUACAAAAUCUUACAUCUCUCGCCGGCUAUGGAAAUCAAUCAAAAGCCUCAGGAAACUGGCACCUCAAGUAGGAUUGCAGAAACAUCAUGAAGAGAGAAACCACAACCACGAAACGCGGGAUAAUAAUACGGUGGAUUCAUUGGACCAUGCCCCUGCAUCCAGUAUCCAGAGUCAUACGCCGCAGGACGGGGCACAAAUGACACAGGAACUGAUGGAGUGGUUUGAAGCUGUGGGGAAUAUCGAAAACCAGAUUAUGGGCAUGGGCACACAACCGAUGGGGACGCAACCACCGACCCUGGAUGAUCCAGGACUGUGGCAGUAUGGGUCUAGAAUGCCGAAUGGGGAGUAUAUGUUUGAUUAUGGUGGGGAGCUAUCGAGCAUGAUGAAGGACUGUUUCUAG